UGCAAUCGUUUAGCUCCCUCUUUUGCAAAUUCGUUUGGCGGUUUCGCUAAACAAGAUGGCCGCUUACAGUGAAGUUAUAACUUCUAAUUUUCCAUCCAUUGAUAGUGAACUUUUAGAGUACGUUACAGGUGUUUUGGAAAGUGGUAGCGACGACUUUGAAUCUGAAGAAGAUGUAAACGAAGCUGUAGGAGGAAUUUUGGUGGAGGUUGCGGGCGAGGAUGAGAUGCAACUUGUCAGCCAAGUUUGCCAACAACUCUGCAAGAUCCUCAAACUUAAUUCUAGAGGUACAGAUAGUGCAAGUGCUACUCUUCUUGAUGCCCCAGUUCACUUAGCUGAGAUUGUUGAGGCUCAAGAGGUGAUUUUAUCGGAUGAUGCAAGUAUAUGGAUGGCCAAGAAAGAGGCUGUAUCUAAUGUUGACAAAAGGAAGCUGGAAAAGGCAGAGGCAAAAAUUAAGGCAAAACAGGAGAAAAGAUCCAUGAAAGAUGAUGUACCAAAGACAAAUUCUAAUGGCAAUAGCACUAUGACUGCAUCUGCCAGCCAGGCCACAAGCAGGAGGGAUCAGAAGUUGGAGGAAUCUGGUACAAAUCGAUCCACAGAUAUCAAGAUUGAAAACUUUGACGUAGCAUUUGGUGAAAAAGUAUUAUUAAAUAGCGCAAACUUGCUUUUAGCAUUUGGUAGGCGCUAUGGCCUUGUGGGAAGAAAUGGUAUAGGAAAAAGUACACUGCUACAUAUGAUAUCAAGUGGUGAGCUACGGAUACAGUCACACAUCAGUGUGCUGCAUGUAGAGCAGGAAGUGAUCGGUGAUGAUACCCUAGCCAUUGACAGUGUGCUGGAAUGUGAUACUGUACGCAAUAAUCUGUUGAUAGAAGAGAAACAAUUGAGUGAGCAACUGCAAGCAACAAGCCCUGGUUCAACUGAUUCAAAGCAGAGUCAACGUCUAAAUGAAGUCUACCAGGCAUUAGAGGAAAUAGAAGCUGAUAAAGCACCUGCAAAGGCUGCAAUGAUAUUGGCAGGUCUUGGUUUCUCUUCAGCAAUGCAAGUACAAUGUACAAGGGAAUUUUCUGGCGGUUGGAGGAUGAGGAUAGCCUUAGCAAGAGCAUUGUUCUCCAAACCUGAUCUGCUUCUGCUUGAUGAACCUACUAACAUGUUGGAUAUCAAAGCUAUACUUUGGCUUGAAAACUAUUUACAGGCAUGGCCAACAACGUUAUUAGUGGUGUCUCAUGACAGAAACUUCCUCGAUCAAAUCUCCACAGAUGUCCUGCACUUAUUCUCACAAAAAGUUGAUCAUUACCGUGGCAACUACUCACAGUUUGUGACAACAAAGGACGAGAAGUUGAAAAACCAACAGAGAGAAUAUGAGGCUCAACUACAAAAACGACAACAUUUACAGGUGUUUAUAGAUCGAUUUCGAUAUAAUGCAAACAGAGCAGCUUUAGUACAAAGUAAAAUUAAGGAAAUAGAAAGAAUGCCAGAACUUAAAGCUGUGGAAAAGGAAUCAGAAGUUGUACUCAAAUUUCCCUCAGAAUUUGAGAAGCUUUCACCUCCUGUUCUUCAAUUAUCAGAUGUAAUGUUUUCUUACACUAAAGAUAAGGUCAUCUUUAGUGGCGUUGACCUCUCAGCAGAUCUUGAUUCUAGGAUAUGUAUAGUAGGAGAGAAUGGUACCGGUAAAACAACUCUACUUAAAAUACUCCUUGGUGAUUUGAACCCAGUUGAUGGUAUACGCCACGCGCACCGUAAUUUACGUAUCAGUUACUUCACCCAGCAUCAUGUAGAUCAGUUGAAUAUGAACCAAUCAGCAAUUGAAUUUUUGGCAUCCAAAUAUCCAAAUAAACCAUUAGAAGAAUACCGUAGACAACUUGGUAGCUAUGGAGUGACUGGUGAUCUAGCAACCAGAUCAGUUGCCAGCUUAUCUGGAGGUCAAAAGAGUAGAGUUGCAUUUGCUGUCAUGGCAAUGAACCGACCAAAUUUUUAUAUUCUGGAUGAACCUACAAAUCACUUGGAUAUAGAGACUGUUGAAGCACUUGGCAUGGCUUUAAAGGAAUUCAAGGGUGGUGUUGUGCUUGUAUCUCAUGACGAAUGUUUAAUCCGACUAGUAUGCAAGGAAUUGUGGGUAUGCGGUAAUGGUACAGUAAAAGCUAUGGAAGGAGGACUGGAUGAGUACAAGAGUAUUUUGGAAAAAGAAUUUGAAGCACAAUAUAACAGCUAAAAACAGAGUAUGGUAGAUCAGUACAACUAAAACAGGCUAAACCAACACAGGACAACCAUUCUAUUACCCGAGCUGUUAACUUUAUGGUUAAACCAGCCCAUGGUAUAGCAAAUACUGUAUACAGAUUAAAACAACUUAGUACAACUUAAAGAUGAAGGUCUAAGUGAGAACAACAUGGCGCUAUUAAUAAUAGUAGCUUAAUGGUGGUAGUAAACGCAGGCUAAGCCAGCUCAGUACGACCUAAAAAUAGUAUAAACAGGCAGAGUAUAACCAUGAUGCUAUUAACUGAUGUAGUAGCUCAAUGGUUGAACUACACACAGGCUAAACCAGCUCAGUAAAACUUUAUAGUAAAAUGAGGCAUGUUGUGUCAAAAUGGCUAAGUUGUAGCAAAAAUUGAAAUUCAAGUUAUUGGUGUUUUCAUAUACCUGAGUAUGUGAUCUUUAAAAUGAGGGGUCAUUCAUUUAAAUUGGACAUU